CCGGAAAGUCGAGGAGAUGGCCAGCCGCAGACAGCGGAGGAAGAUCGGCGAGAAGAAGAAGAGGAGAAAGGCCAGAGCGGCUACGAUAAAGAAGAAGAUCGUCAAGAAGUCGUCUGCGCCAGCGCCGCAAGCCAUCCAACCCAAACCCUCUGCCGCACUCACGGGGUGCAGAAACGGGCGGCAGGAGGGCACGGCGCCGGCCAAGGAGCAGGACGACAAGAAACACGAUGAGCGCCGCCGCAGUGAGAAGAGGACAUGCGGCGUCUGCGGAGUAGGCAGACUCCACGACAACGAUCACUUCUGCCCCUACAACUACAUCCACGGGCGUAUCCGCCUCAGCACCUGCGCGGAGCGGUGCCGUCCGGGGAGUCACCCGCUGUUGCUGGCCUCCUCCUGCUCUGAGACUGACCAGCUGCGGCGCUUCGUACGAGUGACCAACGUGCCGCUGAGCGCGAUACCCGGCGACCGCGAGCUCAACUGGUUCUUCAGGCGGUUCGGAGCGCUCGUCGGGUGCAAACUCACGAGGCUGAGUCUCGACGACCGCGUCGGCUUCGGUUGGGUCGCGUUCCAGAGACGCGACAACGCGGAGGAGGCCAUCAACAAGCUCAACGGCCACCUCGUCGGCGACCGCAGGCUCCGAGUCGACUGGGCAUAUCCACGCUGAGAUAUUAGAUAAAUACCUAGCUACUCCGUACGUGCAACGUAUUGUGGAAUUUCCUUCACACAGCGAGAGCAUCUUUAGCCGAUCCCAAAAAAACUGUAAUGGAGUAAAAAAAAAUAUUUUACUUCACUAAACCACACCUAGCCGAAUCCGAUAUGAGGGAUUAAAAUGUUUACUCCU